AUGGCCAUCUUCUCCAGCCCCCUGCUCCUGUCCGUUCUUGUGCUCGCCGGUGGUAGCGAAGUCCUCGGGCAUCGACACGGAAUCACUUCCCCGUCGCUUCAGAAUGUCCUCGCACAGCCAUCAAUUGCCCUCAACAACGUCCCGCAAACCGUGCGCGAGCAUUGGGUGCGGCGCGCCAACGCCGCGCUCGUGGAGGCCGACCAGCCCUGCAUGUUCGCCGCGUUCGCGUCGGUCAUCGUGAACCACACCGCGUCCGACGCAGGCGAACUCGUGUGCACAGGCAUAAACUCGACGAAGAUGAAGGGGGACCCCACCCUGCACGGGGAGAUCGCCGCUAUCCAGAAUUGCACCGCGAUUUUGACGGACCCCAUGGGCCCGUAUAACCUCACGGGUACACAAGCGAUAGCUGCCUUCGCCGACCUGACUCUCUAUACCAACGCUGAGAGCUGUCCCAUGUGCGCCUCCGCGAUUCGGUGGGCAGGCUUCCGCGAAUACGUCUAUGGAACGAGCAUCGCGACGCUCAUCGAGCAAGGCUGGGGCCAAAUUCGCAUCCCGUCCACCGACAUUAUCCGCGAGUCGGCCGACCUGCCAAAUUCCGUGCGGAUGUUGGGAGGGGUCUUGGAGACGGAGACGGACCCACUAUUCUCGUGGCAGUUUGACCCCAGCGCGCCAUGUCCUCAGGGGUGUGCGAGGCCGGCUGAGGGGGGCUCGUGUGUCGCACCGUCGCUGUAA